AAUAACUCGCCGUGACUGACCUCUGUCGGUUCUGUGGUAUUUAUGGUGAAUAAUUGGAGUUACCUACCUUUGCUUUCGAACGUAAACGUUUGCGAGCACCGCCUAAUGAACUUUUUGUCGCACAACGCGCACUGUGUUAAAUCAUGUGGUAUUACCGCUGAUUCGUAGUUCACCCGCGAGAGGUCCCAGCGCGCACCGAAUUUAACCUACGUUUGACAUCUUCCAAAAUAAUGAAUUUUUUAACGAAAAACGGCCGAAAUUUGGGGCGUGUUUUGAUUUCAAAUGCACCGGCGCCAACUCACACGACUGUCCGUCUCGCCAGUACUAACCGUCCCGCCAAGUUGAAAGGUUUAUUUAAGUUAGGUUUGGCCGGAGUUACCGUCGGGGCUCUGGUAGGUACCGGUUACUCAAUUCACCAAAUGAACCAACCACGGGGGCAUAUUAUAAACGAGCACACGUUCAUAGAGCCGCUAAAAGAGAUACCGCAAAUAGAGCCAAGUAGAAAGGUGCACGUUCCUGGCGAUCAGAGCGGUUUAAAAUUGACACUUUACCAAUACCAAACGUGCCCGUUUUGUUGUAAAGUACGGGCGUUUUUGGAUUAUUACGGGAUUUCUUAUAACGUGAUUGAAGUUGACCCCGUCUUGAGGCAAUCUAUUAAGUGGUCCGAAUACAAAAAAGUGCCGAUACUCGUUGCGAACGUGGAAGGAGGCUUUCAACCCUUAAAUGAUAGCAGCAUGAUUAUAUCUGCUUUGGCCACAUAUUUAAAAGACGCCGAUAAAUCACUGACCGAUAUCGUGAAAUGUUUUCCUUUCAUAUCGUUCUAUGACGACUCGGGCGUCAAGAAAAACCAAAUCAUGAACGGUUAUUUCUUGAUGUUCAGCGACCAGGCCCGUCAGAAACAAGAUGAAAAGAAAUUAGGAGAGGAACGCAAGUGGAGGCAGUGGGUGGACAACGUACUUGUCCACACGCUGUCGCCUAAUGUGUACCGGACAAAAGACGAGGCGUUUCAAGCUUUCAAUUGGUUCUCGGAGGUCGGAGAGUGGGACAGAAACUUCCCCCCAUGGGAGAGGUACCUGAUCGUGUAUGUCGGCGCCUCGGCUAUGUACUUGAUCGGCAAACGGUUAAAGAAAAAAUAUCAUUUGAAAGAAGACGUCAGGCAAUCCUUAUAUGACGAGUGCUCAAAGUGGGUGAGGGAGGUUAACAGCAAAGGCACCCCGUUUCUGGGGGGCAAUCAACCUAAUUUGGCGGAUCUCGCGGUGUAUGGCGUGCUGAACAGUAUCGAGGGAUGCGAUGCCUUUAAAGACUUGCUGGACCACACGAAGAUAGGCAAAUGGUACUUUGCAACAAAGGAAGCCGUCACGGGACACCAAGGCGCCAGUUUCGUGUGACUCGAUUUAUUUGUACUAUUUUAUUGUUAUAUCGUUAAAUUAUUUACUAAAUAUAAAAGUUAAACGACGCUUGCGUAUAACUAUGC